UCAGAUUGAUCAUAAAUAAGUAUAGACAACGCGAGAAGCAUCUCGAAGACAAAGAAUCUUGUCUAACCGUUUCUUUCUUUCUAUAAUUAGUCAAUACUUUCCCACAUAUAUAGUACAUGUUCUCUUUACACAUUUCAUUCCUCAACAAAAUAUAACGACAAAGCUUACAACUAAAGCACACAACAAACAACACUUUUAUUUCAUCUCUUCUUGGGUUUGUGGUUCGAUUUUGCAUCGAUAACUUUUCAUUUGGAUUGUGUGGAGAACAACUAGUUGGGUGGAUAUUUUUCUAUACUUUUCUUAUAGUUUGUGCAUUACUCCUAAGUUACCAAUUAAGUUACCAAUCAUUAAGUAUCAAUCAUGUUUCCUGCAUACAGAAACAUGGACUCAUACCCCUUUCACAGAAACCAUAUGCCAACCCCUCAUUAUUAUCAUCCUGCCAUGGAACCUGUUCCUCCUCAAAUGACCGAAUCACCCUUCCCUUAUGAACAUCCUUGGCCUUAUGCAGGCAGUUAUGCACCACAUUUCUGCUAUGACCAUAACAACUUUCCUGGUUACUAUAGUCAAAGACCUUGUUAUCCUCAUGUUCCUCAUACUCCUGCUUAUUCUGGAGGUUGUCCUUUAUAUGGUGAACCAUUUUCUGCUCCUUAUUAUCCACAAUCACAUUAUAGCAUGCAGCUUCCACGAUAUGAAUACGAUAAAUAUAUGCCGAGGGAGCAUCAUUGCUGCGGUUGUUCUAAUCAUAUGUGCAACCAAAAGGAAGAUAAAACUGUGAAGAUUGAGGAGCAAGAACCUAAUCUUGGUAAGAAAGAGAAUGAUGCCAUGGUUCCGAUUCAGUUUAGAAAUAUUCCAUACCCUUUGGUUUGGAUUCCACCAGAAUAUUAUGGUGACAAACAACCGAAAAAUCCUACUAAAGCUGAGGUGGAUGAGCAUGAAGAUAAAGUGGCACGUGAUAAAAAACUUACCUGUGCGGACAAUGUGAAUGCUGAUGUGAAGCCAGCAUUUGAGCCAAGAUUAUGGAACGGAUGGUUUCCCUUCGAUGUAAAAGGUUCGCCGAAUGUGUUACGCGAUGGAGAUGGAAUAAGACACCUUAAGAAAGAAACUGGUGAUAAUGUGAAGGAAUCAGAAAAUGGAAGAAUGGAUCAGAAACAUCAGAGUGAACAACAAAAGAGAUCUGAAUUUCCAUUUCCUUUCAUUUGGUUGCCUUAUAUCAAUAAGCAGGAGGAAGAUGGAAGAACAAACAAUCAUGAGAGCAAUUCCACAACGGAACGUGUUGAGGAGGUACCUCAUACUUUCAAAUCUUUUCCAGUGAAGUCUUCUAUGGAUGAAGGUGUUACAGAAAGGACCAAAUCAACUGAUGUUGAGUCCAAAGAUAGAAGUGCCUCUGAUGUUACAGAAAAAGUGAGUAACCAGAGAAAUAUUCCUGUGAAGCAGAUCGAGCCGAAUCAUGUGAAAAAUGACUCGAACGUAAGUGAAAAGAGAGAAAUUAAUGUUUCUGAAGAGAAUGCAACAAAGAAAGACUCUCACUCAAGCAAAAGACGAUCAACAUCUCCGCCUAAGCGAACCAAGCUACCUCCUGUUUGUCUAAGAGUUGAUCCACUACCAAGGAAGAAAAAUAGCAAUGGGAGUUCAAGGUCUCCAAGUCCACCUGCUUCAAAAGAACACUCAAAAGCUAUAGCUUGUGAAACAAAAACCACUCCUUCGGACAACAUGGAAGAUAAGACCAAGCGGAGUUCGAAUAUUCAAAAUGUGCCCCCAAAGGCUGGUGAGGAAGUUAUGCCAAAGGUGAAAACUAUUGAGGUGUCCCAAAAUAUUCCUUUAGACAACAUGACAGACAAGGCCGAGGUGAGCUCGAAUAUUCAAAAUGUGCCAAAGACUGGCGAGGAAGUUACGCCAAAGGUGAAAACUAUUGAGGUACCCGAAUACAUGACUAAUGAAAACAAGUGUGCAAGCACAACAACUAAUGAAGGUUGUAAAAAAGAAAGAAAAGUUUUGUUGGAAGCAGAUGCCGCUGUUUUGAUACAAGCUAUUUAUCGCGGACAUCUAGUGAGAAAAUGGGAGUCCUUGAAGAAAUUGAAGCAGAUAGCUGAAGUUAGUAAGGAAGUUACUCAUGUUAGAGACUGUGUCAAAGCUUUUGAAGGCUCUUCUGAUUUUCAAAAUAAUGGCAAGCAAAAGAUUGCAAUUGGAGAGACCAUAAUGAGACUAUUGCUGAAGUUGGAUACCAUACAGGGUUUGCAUCCAAGUUUGAGGGAAAUCAGAAAGUCUCUGGCUAGAGAGCUUGUGACCUUGCAGGAAAGGCUUGAUUCUAUAAUGGCUGAUAAGUAUCCUCCGCAGCAGAUACAAGAUUUGGAUGCUAAGGAAUCUGUCAAAGUCUCUCCAAUGAGUUUUCAGAAUGGAGAACAUAAUCAAGAGCAUGAAGAAAAAAUAACGACAUCACAUGAAGAUUCAUCUGAAAUUAUAAAUGAUGGGAAACAUGACGAUCGAUUCUACAUGGAGGAUAAUGAUGGUGGAAGUGAACCUUUGCCUCACGUUGAUCCUGCAUCAAUUGAAGGAUCAGCGCCUACUGUGUUACCGAAUCCAUCAGUUAAUGAGGAUAUUAGCCAAGUGGUUGCUGAUGUGUCAUUGGAUUCAACAAGUAAGAUUUCGGACAAAGCGGACGGAGAAUGCAAAUUGAAAUCAGAGGUCACUGACCUACCUCAAGAGGUUGGCAAACUGGAUAUGAAUGGUUUGGAAGAAUUGCCUGUGGGAGUUAUUGACGAAAAUGUCAUCGGUAAUUCAGCAAGUGAAGGGUUAGAUUCUGAUGCACAUGCAAUGACGGUGCUACCGGUGGGAGUGCUCGAUGAAGACAUGACUACAUCUGACGAGACUAAUACCUCAGAUAUUGGAGCAAUGAAGGAGUUACCGGUGGGAGUACUUAAUGAAUACGCGGCCAAAUCUGAAGAGACUAAUACCUCUGAUGUGCAUGAAAUGAAGGUGCUACCGGUGGGUGUGCUCGACGAAGACGCGGCUAAAUCUGAAGAGACUAAUACCUCUGAUAUGCAUGCAAUGGAGGUGCUACCAGUGGGAGUGCUCGAUGAAGACGUGGCUAAAUCUGAAGAGACUAAUACCUCUGAUAUGCAUGCAAUGGAGGUGCUACCGGUGGGUCUGCUCGACGAAGAUGCUGAUAUGGGCGCUAAUAUGGAUGCAAUGAAGAUGCUACCAGUGGGAGUGCUGGAUGAAGACAGGGGUAAAUCUGUAGAGACUAAUACCGCUGAUAUGCAUGCUUUGAAGGUGCUACCAGUGGGCCUGCUUGAUGAAGACGCGGCUACAUCUGGAGAGAUUAAUACCUCUGAUAUGGAUGCAAUGAAGGUGCUACCGGUGGGAGUGCUCGAUGAAGACGCGGAUACAUGUGAAGAGACUAAUACCUCUGAAAUUGAAGUACAAGCCGAAAAUGAGGUAUUGAAUGAAGAACUCCCAGUAGGACUGGUUGAUGAGGAUGCAGAGAAAUCUGAAGCAGAAAAAUCUGAAUAUAAUACAAAAGAACCUCAACUAGAGAAGUCAUUGGUUGAAGAAAAAGAAGAGGUGAAGUCAACUGAGGAAUCAGAUGGUUGGGUAAAGAUUGAAUUGCAGAAAGAAGAUGAUGAGCUCAAAGUGGAUGCACCUAUGGAUAAAGAGGAAUCAGGAACUGGAAAUGAUACUAAGUUAUCAUCUCUAGAAAGUAUUGAUCAUGGCAAUGAAGAAGCAUGCUCGGAAGGAAAAAAUGUAGCUAACACGUUGAAUGAGAAGCUUGCACAGCAAGAAACAAAAGUCGAUGCUGGUGACAUGAAAUUAUUGGAAGAGAAUGAGAAACUAAGAAAGUUAAUGAAGGAGUUGCUUGAAGCUGGGAAUGAACAGUUAAGUGUAAUAUCAAAUUUGACUGGGAGAGUGAAAGAUUUGGAGAAGAAAUUAGCUAAAACUAAGAGGAGUAAGAAAGUGAGGACAAAGAGACAUAAACCAGUAACUCCAAAAAUGCAUUGUUCAAACUCUUCUGAGUAAUCAAGUGAAUGUGGAUUUUGUAUGUAACUGUGACAAGUGGUAUGAGCCUUGUAACGAUAAUGAUGUAUAAUUGUAAUGUUUGUGAUAUGAAUAAAUGAAUGUUAGUUUACAUUUAUGUAUAUCAUGAUUUUGUUUGA